GGGGCGCAGUCGCCGGGCCGCCGGCUGCAGGACUUACUGGGUCGGGGGCUGGGGUGGGACCCGGCGGGCGUCAUGGAGCUGCUUUCGGCGCUGAGCCUAGGCGAGCUGGCGCUCAGCUUCUCGCGGGUACCGCUCUUCCCCGUCUUCGACCUCAGCUACUUCAUCGUCUCCAUUCUCUACCUCAAGUAUGAGCCAGGAGCAGUCGAGCUGUCCCGGCGCCAUCCCAUGGCAUCCUGGCUGUGCGCCAUGCUGCACUGCUUUGGGAGUUACAUCUUGGCUGAUCUGCUCCUCGGCGAGCCCCUGAUCGACUACUUCAGCAACAAUUCCAGUGUCCUGCUGGCCACAGCCGUCUGGUACUUGAUUUUCUUCUGCCCCCUGGACCUCUUUUACAAGUGUGUCUGCUUCCUGCCUGUGAAACUUAUAUUUGUGGCCAUGAAGGAGGUAGUGAGAGUCCGAAAGAUCGCUGUGGGCAUCCAUCAUGCCCAUCACCACUACCACCAUGGGUGGUUCGUCAUGAUUGCCACCGGCUGGGUCAAAGGCUCUGGCGUCGCCCUCAUGUCCAACAUUGAGCAGCUGCUCCGAGGGGUCUGGAAGCCAGAGACCAAUGAGAUCCUGCACAUGUCCUUCCCCACGAAGGCCAGCCUGUACGGAGCCAUACUCUUCACCCUUCAGCAGACUCGCUGGCUCCCAGUAUCCAAAGCCAGCCUCAUCUUCAUCUUCACUAUGUUCAUGGUCUCCUUUAAGGUGUUCCUGACGGCCACUCACUCCCACAGCUCCCCUUUUGAUGUUCUGGAGGGCUACAUCUGCCCUGUGCUGUUUGGGACCGCCUGGGGGGGCAACCAUCACCAUGACAACCACGGUGGGUCCCAUGGCGGGUCCUAUGGCGGCAGUGGGCCCGGCUCCCCACACUCAGCCCUGCCUGCUAAGUCCAAGGAGGAGCUGAGUGAGGGCUCCAGGAAGAAGAAGACCAAGAAGGCAGAUUAGUGGAUGGCCCAGAGGCCUUGAGGGGUACCAGGGAGAGGACCCGGACCCA